AUGUAAUAAUAACAUAGAAAGCUUAUCAAAAUAGUGGAGAUAACUGAUUAGAAUUAUGUGAAGGUUCCAUAAAUAGCUUAAACUGAAAUACCUUUUAACACAAAAAGCAAACCAACCAUAAUAGAAUAGCCUCAACAAUCAGACUUUACGAAUUAUAUAAAGGGGAAAUUAGAUAAAUUAAAAUAAUAUCUUUAACCUCCCCAUAAAAAAUAUGAAAUAAAUUAUGGAGUGCUUGAUGACGAAAAAGAUAAAUGCCCGUUUCAUAAUUAAUUUUAAUAGAAUUUAAAUGAUAAUAACCAGAAACCAAAUCGUAUAAUUUCUAAAAAUACUAAAAAUAUUCUACCUUCAUUAAAUCCAUACGGAAAUGAAAGUUCAUUGCAUUUUAAAGAGAGACUAAACUUAUCGGUAUUUAAUGAGAGAGUAACAAAGCAUUUUUAAACUUAUAAACAAAAUGAUUAAUAAAAACCUGAAUAAUACAAAAGAGAAUUUAUUUAAACUUAUCCUAAGAUGAUGUGUAAAUGCAAAAAAUGUGAUAUAAUCUUAGAUACUACUAAUAAUAAUCAAAAAGUGAUGAUUUUACAGAAGUUCACAAUAAAAAUACUAGAAGGUGAUUAGAUGAUCACUAGAAGAACUAUUCAAUAUGAAAAGGAUCUUUUUAAAUUAGAAGAAUUGAAGGAAGAUGAAGAUGAACAAAAUAAAAAGUUUAAGAAAUAAGUAAAUUUUCCAUUUGUAAAAUUAAAUUAAAGUAUUGGCAAAAGGGAAGAGUAUUUGUUCAAAAAUACAGGUCAAUAUUGGACUAGUUCUAUGAUAGAUGGAUACGGUAAUUAUUUAUCUGGGUUGGAUGAAUAGUAUUACUUUUCAUUAUCAUCAGCAGAAAGAGAAUAAUACCCAAGACUUUUUAUCUUUACAUCUGAUUUUUUAACCAAUUGUAAUUUGGAAUCUCCACCUCUCAAAGAAAAAUGGCUAUCAUUAAUGUUAGAGAAAUUAGAAAUUUUUAAAACUAUUCAAUAUCAAUUUUGGAUUAUCUAUUAAAAGAUCGCAUUUAUUGUUAAUAAAAGUAAUUCGCAUUGGUAUAUGCUCACCUUAGAUUUAAAAGAAAGAUACAUAGUUAUUUAUGAUUCUUUAAGUGGAAGCUCUCAGCACUAUAAUAAAGUUAGAGCUUUGUUGUCAUAUGUAUUUUAUGAGCUUCAGAAGAACGAAUUAAAGAACAUUAGGGAGGACUAAUAUGAAUUCAAAAUUUAUUAUCGACCAAAAUUUUAAAGUUAAAAUGAUUCAUAUUCUUGUGGCUACCAUACUUGUAUUGCUCUGCAAUAUUUUAGUAAUACACAUAGAGUUAAGGGCUUUAAGGAUAGAAAUGAGAUUAAAAAUGACUUAAAUAAAAUUUUGUUAUACGAACCAAUAUGA